CUCCAGAAAUCUUCCAGUCCUUCAACAGUGGGGGGACAGGUUAUGCCUUUGAAGUGGACUGGUGGUCCUUGGGGGUGACAGCCUUUGAAAUUCUGCGUGGCUGGAGGCCGUACGACAUUCAUGCCAGUAACUCUGUGGAGUCCCUGAUCCAGCUCUUUAGUACCAUCAGUGUCCAGUACAGUCCAGCCUGGCCCAAAGACCUGGUUUCCCUUCUGAGGAAGGUGAGCUGAUUCUGUACCUGAUGUAUCAUUGUUUAGAUUUAUUGAGAUUCUGCUCUCUUAUCUGUUUAAAACUAAAAUCAGUGUAAACAGGACAUAAAUCAGUGCAAACAGAAACUAAAUCAGUGCAAACAAAAUA